CAGUGUUCGCAUCACUUCCUCGUUCUGUUAUCAGGUAGUCUGUCUUUCGCCACAAUGUCCUUUAUUAGUGUUUAAAAACUCUCCACAAACGUCCCAAAACAUGGCGUGCGUGAACUCGGAGGUGGACUUAUGGAGCAUUCCUCUGGUCGCCCUGAAUGUGACAGUGAGGAAGAAGCUGGGUCUGUAUCUGAACCCGAAGAACACGGUGGCUGCGGACUGGACCGCUGUAGCGGAGGCCAUGGGCUUCUCUUACCUGGAGAUAAAGAACCAUGAGGCGGCCAGAAGUCCUGCUCAGUCGGUCCUGGAGAACUGGCAGGCCCGGUGCUCAGAGGCCUCCGUGGGGAAGCUGCUGUCCGUCCUGACCGAGGUGGAGAGGAAGGACGUGGUGGAGGACCUGAGACCCCUGAUAGAUGAGGACGUGAGGAAGUAUUGUGAGAGCCAGAAGAAGCUGUCUGAGCCCCCCCUCCAGGACCCUGAGGUGGACAGCUGUGGCCCCCGCACCCCCGAGAGAAGGAUCGGCAUCACCCUGGACGACGACCCCGAAGGAGCUCCGGAGCUGUUCGACGCCUUCAUCUGCUACUGCCAGAGCGACUUUGAGUUUGUGCACGAGAUGAUCCGCGAGCUGGAGCAGACGGAGUGUCGCCUGAAGCUGUGUGUGUUCGACAGAGACGUGCUGCCGGGGUCGUGUGUGUGGACCAUCACCAGCGAACUCAUCGAGAAGAGGUGUAAGAGGAUGGUGGUGGUGAUCUCUGAUGAAUACCUGGACAGCGACGCCUGCGACUUCCAGACCAAGUUUGCUCUCAGCCUUUGCCCUGGAGCUCGAGGGAAGCGUCUUAUCCCAGUGAAGUACAAGCCAAUGUCGAGGCCGUUUCCCAGCAUCCUUCGCUUCCUCACAAUAUGCGACUACACCCGGCCGCUCACACAGGACUGGUUCUGGAAACGUCUCGCCAAAGCCCUCUCACAGCCAGUCAGUCAUAGUUAAAGGCGCCUUUUUUAUUAUUAAACAUCACAUCGUUAAAGUAUGUGCAAUUGCUUGUGUCACUUAUAAUUUACUAGGUUACUGAUUUGUGUUUCCUGUGAGGAUGAAAUGGUGAUUAUUAUGCACAGGGAUACCAAAUAUCAGCAAAGUUCUCACACAGUUAUGUUUCAGGAAUAUCAGGUUGCUGCCGCUGUUUUGUAUUUAUGUGAGGUACAAUGUGAGGAGGAGGUGUUUGUAUUCAGAACAGCAUGUACCGAAUUCUCUGUAAAAGCUGUUUUUUUGUUGCGCUUGCCACUUCCUGUUACGAGGCAACUUCUCGAUGAGAUUGUAUCUGAAGAGGAAGACAUUUCAGAUUGUUCCACUAAAGUCUACUGACACCUACCUUCAUCUCUCUUUCUGUGUCAGUCAUCACAGUGUUUUUACAUUUGAUACUUUUGUAUAUGCUAAAAUGUAUUUGACUUUGAAAAUAAAUUGUAUGAGUGUUAUUUCCUUUAAUAAAUGUAUCACAUUUUUAAAA